AUGACAUAUUCUUAUCACUCUCCAUCACCCCCUUCCCCUCCUCCAAACUCAACUCAUACUCCUCCACCACCACCAAAUUGCAACAUGACCAUGCCAAAUCCCCCGCCACCACAUUCAUCGCCGUCUCCUCCAAACUCAACCUAUCAUCCUCCACCACCUAACCACAACACGACAACACCGAAACCGCCGCCACCACCCCCUCCCCCAUCUCAUAACUCAACAUAUCCUCCACCACCACCACCAAACUACAAAACUACCCCACCAAAAUCCCAUCCACCACCGCCUCCUCCUCCUCCUCCUCCUGGUCCUAACUACAAUCACAAUUGCACAUGUCCUCCUUUUCCAUAUCCUCCUCCUCCACCUCCAAAUUCUUAUAACUACCCUCCUCCUCCACCAAUUUCAACAUAUCCUAAUUCACCUUAUAUUGUUGAACACCAUAACAAAGCUCUUAUAGCCGUUUCAGCUUCACUUGGUGGCAUCUUGGUUGCAUUUCUUCUCCUUGGCGCCUUUUUUCUUGCAAAACUCAAGAAAAAGCCCGUACAAACUACACCUCCGUAUAGCCCGGCCCAACAAACUACUUCUCAAUAUAGCCCAGCCCAAGAAGCUACAACUACUAAUAAUGAAUCCUAUGAAACCAUAGAGAUUCAAGAAGGUGGUGCUGGCCAACACAACAACUAUGGUGCUUAA